CCGAACGAGGGAACACAAACACAACAACAUAGCACUCUUCUCCAAGCAAGAUAUGGAUUCCAGAACAGCAUUCUGCGGCGCUCUCCUACUGCUGGUAAUACUGCUGCCUGUUUCAGCUAACGCGUCGAGUAAACUCUACAUCGUGUAUAUGGGGGAGAAGAAGCAUGAUGACCCAUCCAUGGUCACCGCGUCUCACCGUGACAUGCUAACCUCUGUUUUUGGGAGCAAGGAUGAAGCCUUGAGGUCGAUAGUUUACAGUUACAAGCAUGGAUUUUCUGGUUUUGCGGCGAUGCUCACCGAGUCUCAGGCUGAGACAAUCGCAAAAUUCCCAGAAGUUGUCACUGUGAAGCCUAACACUUAUCACGAAACGCACACAACUCGGAGCUGGGACUUUCUUGGCCUUGACCAUAACCAACCAAGACAACAACCGGGCCUACUCAGAAAAGCAAAGUAUGGUGAAGAUGUCAUCGUGGGUGUGAUCGAUACAGGCAUAUGGCCUGAAUCACGAAGCUUUGAUGACAAUGGGUAUGGCCCUGUGCCGGCACGGUGGAAAGGGAAAUGCCAGACUGGUCAGGAUUUCAACGCCACAAGUUGCAACAAAAAGAUCAUCGGUGCGCGGUGGUAUGGGCGUGGAAUCAGUGACGAGGUGCUAAACAGAAACUAUAAGUCGCCUAGGGACAUUGAAGGCCAUGGCACACACGUCGCGUCGACCAUCGCUGGCAGGGAAGUGCAGGGAGUGAGCUACGGAGGCCUAGGCAUGGGCGUGGCACGCGGCGGGGCGCCACGUGCGCGCCUCAGUAUCUACAAGGUGUGUUGGUUGGGUGGGAGUUGCCCUGAAGCAGCGGUCCUCGCGGCUAUCGAUGAUGCUAUGCAUGAUGGUGUGGACGUCUUGUCGCUCUCGAUUGCUGGGGCUGGUCACGAGUUUCCUGGGACGCUGCAUGCUGUGCAAAGAGGGAUCUCUAUCGUGUUUGCCGGAGGGAAUGAUGGCCCUGUGCCACAAACGGUGGCUAAUGCCCAACCGUGGGUUACAACGGUGGCCGCUAGCACUAUUGACCGGUCUUUCCCGACCUUGAUAUCGCUCGGAAACAAAGAAAAGCUUCUGGGGCAAUCUCUUCACAACAAUGCAUCUGUGAUCAGCGGCAACUUUAAAGACCUUGUUUAUGCCGGGAGCUGUGACACGGAGUCGUCACUGGCAUUGAGCAACGUCACCGGUAAAAUCGUCCUAUGCUAUCAACCC